CUUCAAAAAUUCAAAUUCUAUUUUUACAAUUUCCAUAAACCCUUCAUAUAUAACCCCCCUUCUCUAACCCUAGUCUUCCAUCCCCCUAAUUUCUCCUUCCUCUCUCUGUCUCUCUCUCUACUUUCUCUCUCUAAUUUUCCAGCUCAAUUCGUAAAAAUGGCUUUGCCGAAUCAGCAAACUGUUGAUUACCCAAGCUUCAAGCUUGUUCUUGUUGGUGACGGUGGUACAGGAAAGACUACAUUUGUUAAAAGGCAUCUUUCUGGUGAAUUUGAGAAGAAAUAUGAACCUACUAUUGGUGUCGAAGUUCAUCCAUUGGAUUUCCACACUAACUGUGGGCAAAUCAGAUUUUACUGCUGGGAUACCGCUGGCCAAGAGAAGUUUGGUGGUCUUAGAGAUGGAUACUACAUUCAUGGUCAAUGUGCCAUUAUCAUGUUUGAUGUGACUGCUCGAUUGACUUACAAGAAUGUUCCAACCUGGCAUCGGGACCUUUGCAGGGUGUGUGAGAACAUACCAAUUGUGCUAUGUGGAAACAAGGUUGAUGUCAAGAACAGGCAAGUGAAGGCUAAGCAGGUUACCUUCCACAGGAAGAAGAACUUGCAGUACUACGAAAUUUCAGCCAAGAGCAAUUACAACUUUGAGAAGCCCUUCCUCUACCUUGCCAGGAAGCUUGCAGGGGAUGCCAACUUGCAUUUCGUCGAGUCUCCAGCUUUGGCUCCUCCUGAGGUGCAGAUUGACUUGGCCGAACAGCAGAGGCAUGAACAAGAGCUCGCUGUUGCAGCUGCUCAGCCCCUCCCAGAUGAUGAUGAUGACGCAUUCGAGUAAAUUGGAAGAUCAUCUUUUAUUCGGUCUCCUUGUGUGUUAAAUUUUCUGCCGUCCCUAAACUGUAUCACUAAAGAUGAAUUUUCUUCUUUAAGGAUUUUGGAUAGGUAGUAGUAGAGAGUUUGGGACAGUUGAUAAUGGUUUGUUACCUUUAUAUUGGCUGGCGAGAUCUUCAUUGUAUUAGAAAGGUCAGAUGCUCGAUGUAGAGCAUGACUUUGAUGAGACUUGCUUUGUAUGAAUGUGGGAAGUAUUGGAUCCCAAUUUUAUCAUUUGCAUUUUGAUUCUCGCUAGUU